CACACGCACAUAUCUUCGUUCCUCGACGAAAGUGUCCGAAAAUUGAUAAUCAAUUGACGAUCGUCGAUUUUUAAAUAUAAUUUACUAUUUAAUUGUAAGAUUAUUAAAAAAUAAAUCUAAUAUCUCCAAAUUGACGCGAUUAAUUCUUCUCACAAGUGUAUCGUUUUUCAUUAUAAUAUUAUACUUUCGUCUUCCUUCAAAUACAAGCAUCUGAGAAUGUAAUAAUAUAACAAAAGGGAAAAAAAAAAGGGCAGAUUUCUUAGAUCUUGUUUGUUGGUUUGAUAGGAUCGUAUGAGAAAGUAAAACGUUUAAACGUAAAUAAUAGUAGAGAAUAAUCGGGGAAAAAACGUUUGUGAUAAAUAAAUAACACGACGGAACGAGGUAACAUGUAUGAGGGGACGAACGUUUGUGAGAAAAUGAAACGGUGAAUGAGAGUGAAUCUUUCGCCGGAUCUUUAUCGGCUGUCGGACGAAAAGAAAUGAUUGCGUCCACAUCGUCGUUCUUCUUCAUCCUUUACGUUCUGAUCGGCUCGUGCCACGGCAAUUACAGAAGAAACGAUCGAUAUCUCACGAAAUUUGAUUUCCCGGAGAACGAAGAAAUAUCUUCGAACGAUGAGAAUCUUCUCGAUUCUAACAGACAAACGAGAUUCUUCGACGAGCUCGGUUUGAUACCACAGACUUGCAAAUACAAGGGGACGAAAUUCGAGUGCGGAUUGAGUAUCAGUUGCGUCCUGGCUGGCGGUAGACCGGUCGAUUUGUGUUCCGGCGGAUUGAUUUGGAGUUGUUGCGUCGACGAUGACGAUAUCCCGGAGAAAAUACCGAGACCGAGCGUUGGAUUGCUUCAGAAUGCGAGUUGCGGCGAACUUUAUACCAGAAGCAAUAGGAUCGUUGGCGGGCACAGUUCAAGUUUCGGAAGUCAUCCAUGGCAGGCUGCCAUCAUAAAGUCAGGAUUCCUGACGAAGAAAUUAUCCUGCGGCGGUGCUCUGUUGAACAACAGAUGGGUCGUAACAGCGGCUCACUGUGUCGCAACGACACCAAACAAUAAUUUGAAAGUUCGAUUAGGUGAAUGGGACGUGAGAGAUGCCUCGGAACGUUUGCUUCAUGAAGAAUUUAACAUCGAAAGGAAGGAAGUUCAUCCACAAUAUUCACCGACGGAUUUCCGUAAUGACGUGGCAUUGGUAAAAUUGUCGAGGACCGUAGCGUUUAAACAGCACAUAGUACCAGUUUGCCUGCCGGCUAGAAAUCUUAAGUUAUCAGGUCGAACGGCAACCGUUGCCGGAUGGGGAAGAACCCGUCACGGUCAGAGUUCAGCACCUUCGGUCUUACAGGAGGUCGACGUAGAGGUGAUACCUAACGAAAGAUGUCAAAGGUGGUUCAGAGCGGCCGGUAGACGCGAAACCAUACACGACGUAUUUCUAUGCGCUGGUUACAAAGAAGGCGGUAGAGAUUCCUGUCAAGGUGAUUCCGGUGGACCAUUGACCAUGUCCGUUGAAGGCAGACACGUGUUGAUCGGUUUAGUUUCAUGGGGUAUUGGCUGUGGACGUGAACAUUUGCCUGGUGUAUAUACUAAUAUUCAGAAGUUCGUGCCGUGGAUAGACAAAGUUAUGAGUUGAGAUCUCACAUAAAGAAUACGUUCUACUGUUCAUUUUGGAAAAGAGAGAGAGAGAG